GGGGCAGCGCCCGGGCUGUGCGCCGACAGCGGCGAGGCGGCUGGUGUGAGCUAGACCUGGCUACCGCCGUCUGUGUCGCUUCGGUGCUCCUGUCCGCUGCAGUGCCUCAGCCCUCGCUUCGCGCCUCGGGCGGGACUCCAAGGAAUCCCCGGCGCCCCCCACGAGACAGGAGUCGGGACUGGGGAGCCAGCGCUGAGGGAGGAGCCUGGUCUGAGCGGCCGAGCCCAAGGCCCCCGGGAGUGGAGGUAGGGGGCUGAGGCCCCCGAGGGGGCCCCGCCGCGAUGGGCAACCUGGAGAGCACCGAGGGGGGCCCGGCAGAGCCUCCCUCUGUCCCGCUGCUGCUGCCGCCCGGCAAGAUGCCGAUGCCUGAGCCCUGUGAGCUGGAGGAGAGGUUCGCCCUGGUGCUGAGCUCCAUGAACCUGCCUCCCGACAAGGCCCGGCUUCUGCGGCAGUAUGACAAUGAGAAGAAGUGGGAUCUGAUCUGUGACCAGGAGCGAUUCCAGGUGAAGAAUCCUCCCCACACUUACAUCCAGAAACUCCAGAGCUUCUUGGACCCCAGUGUAACUCGGAAGAAGUUCAGGAGGAGAGUGCAGGAGUCAACCAAAGUGCUACGAGAACUGGAGAUCUCACUUCGCACCAACCACAUUGGGUGGGUUCGGGAAUUUCUGAAUGAUGAAAACAAAGGUCUGGAUGUGCUGGUGGAUUACCUGUCCUUUGCCCAGUGUUCUGUCAUGUUUGACUUUGAGGGUCUGGAAAGUGGUGAUGAUGGUGCAUUUGACAAGCUCCGGUCCUGGAGCAGGUCAAUCGAGGACCUGCAGCCGCCCAGUGCCCUGUCGGCUCCCUUCACCAACAGCCUCGCUCGCUCUGCGCGCCAGUCUGUGCUCCGGUAUAGCACUCUCCCUGGGCGCAGGGCCCUGAAGAACUCUCGCCUGGUGAGCCAGAAGGAUGAUGUUCACGUCUGUAUCCUUUGUCUCAGAGCCAUCAUGAACUAUCAGUAUGGAUUCAACCUGGUCAUGUCCCACCCCCAUGCUGUCAAUGAGAUUGCACUCAGCCUCAACAACAAGAAUCCAAGGACCAAAGCCCUUGUCUUGGAGCUCCUGGCAGCUGUGUGUUUGGUGCGGGGAGGUCACGAAAUCAUCCUUGCUGCCUUUGACAAUUUCAAAGAGGUGUGCAAGGAGCUACACCGCUUUGAGAAGCUGAUGGAGUAUUUCCGGAAUGAGGACAGCAACAUCGACUUUCUGGUGGCCUGCAUGCAGUUCAUCAAUAUUGUGGUGCACUCCGUGGAGGACAUGAACUUCCGAGUCCACCUGCAGUAUGAGUUUACCAAGCUGGGGCUAGAAGAGUUCCUGCAGAAGUCAAGGCACACAGAGAGUGAGAAGUUGCAGGUGCAGAUUCAGGCAUACCUGGACAACGUGUUUGAUGUGGGGGGUUUGUUGGAGGAUGCUGAGACCAAGAAUGUGGCCCUGGAGAAGGUGGAGGAGCUGGAGGAGCAUGUGUCCCAUCUCACAGAGAAGCUUCUAGACCUGGAAAAUGAAAACAUGAUGCGGGUGGCAGAGCUAGAGAAGCAGCUCCUGCAGCGGGAGAAGGAACUGGAGAGCAUCAAGGAGACAUAUGAGAACACGAACCACCAGGUGCACACCCUGCGGAGGCUUAUUAAAGAGAAGGAGGAGGCUUUCCAGCGCCGAUGCCGUUUGGAGCCAAGUGCCCGGGGCCUGGAGUCCAUGGGCAGUGAGGCCAGAGUAGGCCCUGCAGAGCUGAGUGAGGGCAUACCACCCUCUGACCUGGACAUCCUGGCUCCAGACCAGCCCCCCGAAGAGGUCCUCCCUCUGCCUCCACCACCAGCUCCUCCCUUGCCCCCUCCACCUCCCCCAUUACCAGACAAAUGUCCCCCAGCCCCGCCUCUCCCUGGUGCCGCUCCCUCUGUAGUAUUGACGGUGGGCCUAUCUGCCAUUCGAAUUAAGAAACCUAUCAAGACCAAGUUCCGGCUGCCUGUCUUCAACUGGACAGCAUUGAAACCCAACCAGAUCAGUGGCACUGUCUUCAGUGAACUUGAUGAUGAGAAGAUCUUAGAGGACCUGGACCUAGAUAAGUUUGAAGAAUUGUUUAAGACGAAAGCCCAGGGCCCUGCCCUUGACCUCAUCUGCUCCAAGAACAAGACUGCACAGAAGGCUGCCAGCAAGGUGACCUUGUUGGAAGCCAAUCGUGCCAAGAACCUGGCCAUCACCCUACGCAAGGCUGGCCGCUCAGCCGAGGAGAUCUGCAGGGCCAUUCACAUGUUUGACCUGCAGACUCUGCCUGUGGACUUCGUGGAGUGCCUGAUGCGCUUCCUGCCCACAGAGGCGGAGGUGAAGCUGCUGCGGCAGUAUGAGCGUGAGCGGCAGCCCCUGGAGGAGCUGGCGGCUGAGGACCGCUUCAUGCUGCUCUUCAGCAAGGUGGAGCGGCUAACCCAGCGGAUGGCCGGCAUGGCCUUCCUGGGCAACUUCCAGGACAAUUUGCAGAUGCUCACUCCGCAACUCAAUGCCAUCAUCGCAGCCUCUGCCUCUGUCAAGUCUUCGCAGAAGCUGAAGCAGAUGUUGGAGAUCAUCCUUGCCCUGGGGAACUACAUGAACAGCAGCAAGCGGGGAGCUGUGUAUGGCUUCAAGCUCCAGAGCCUGGAUCUGCUGUUGGAUACCAAGUCCACAGACCGGAAGAUGACGCUGCUGCACUUCAUCGCCUUGACGGUGAAGGAGAAAUACCCAGAUCUGGCUAACUUUUGGCAUGAGCUGCACUUUGUGGAGAAGGCUGCAGCAGUGUCCCUGGAGAAUGUGCUGCUGGAUGUGAAGGAGCUGGGCCGGGGCAUGGAGCUGAUACGGCGGGAGUGCAGCAUCCAUGACAACAGUGUCCUACGGAACUUCCUGAGCACCAAUGAGGGCAAACUGGACAAGCUCCAGCGAGAUGCCAAGACAGCAGAGGAGGCGUAUAAUGCAGUUGUGCGCUACUUUGGUGAGAGUCCCAAGACCACGCCUCCUUCUGUGUUCUUCCCAGUAUUUGUUCGAUUCAUUCGUUCUUACAAGGAAGCAGAACAAGAGAAUGAAGCCCGUAAGAAGCAGGAGGAGGUAAUGAGAGAGAAGCAGCUGGCUCAGGAAGCCAAGAAACUGGAUGCCAAGACCCCAUCCCAGCGGAAUAAGUGGCAACAGCAGGAGCUAAUUGCAGAAUUGAGGCGGCGCCAGGCCAAGGAGCACCGGCCUGUUUAUGAGGGGAAGGAUGGUACCAUUGAGGAUAUCAUCACAGUGUUGAAGAGUGUCCCUUUCACGGCCCGUACUGCCAAGCGGGGCUCACGCUUCUUCUGUGAUGCAGCCCACCAUGAUGAGUCAAACUGUUAACCCCCAAGGCUGGGGCCCCUGCCAGGUCUCCACUGCCAGCCCAUUGUUGUUCGCCACCAAGUCAGGAGUGCUGCACCACAGAGCGGACCCCCUCGGGCUCCAGGCCCCCACUGAGCCUCUAGAAGGCAGAAGCACUUCAAUCCUGAGUCCUGCACAUCCAACCAGUAGACCUGGAGCCUUGGGGUCAGCCCAGGGCCCAGCAGAGGGCUGUGCUGCUUAAUCAUUUCCCUUUAGCUCUCGAGGCUGGAUCUUACCCGUGCCACCAUGGGCACUAGGUCUGCAGGGGCUGGCACACCUUUGGUGCCUCUAGUACUGCACUUUGCCCCCAGGGUCUUCAGCUUCAUUUCCUGAAGGGUCUGCAAGGAUCAGCUUGGGGCUGGGAAAAACCAUUUCCAGCUUUAGCCUUUACAGAGGCACCUACGUCCCUUUCCCAUAAAGCCCAGAGGGAUGAGAGGAAAGAGCAACUAUCCCUUCUUUUUUGUUUCCUUCCUUUUUGCAGGCCGAUGGUCAGCCCUGAUCUAGAAGUAUCCAGGCUUAGGGAACACUGCCAUUCUGGGAUCAUUUCCUACCAGGAGCGAGGCCCUUCUAAGCCUGGACCCUGCCCAGUUGUGCCCUGCUGAUAAGGGUAGAGGAGAGAAACCAGGCUCACUGCUUAUACCCUUGGCUGUUGACCCAUUUCAUUCUAAGCUGACACAGUCCUUGCCAAGGUAGAAGAGCAAAGGUUUUCUCUGCAGACAGCUGGAGAAAGGGUAUACCAACAUCAUCCUUCCCUUCUUUCCUCAGCUAGGUAUUUUUUUGCAGGAAGCAGGAAGCAUCAUGGUGGUCUUAACUAUUUGCAGCACAGUUCCCUGCCAGCUUCCUCUCUGCCCCUAGAAGGGAAUGUGGGGGCCCACUUCUUUUUGUACAUGUAUCACCUCCCCUCUCUUGUACAUAAACCCAGACUUUCCCUCUCCCAACAAAGGCUUAAAGCACAAGGCCUGAGUCUGUCUCCUCUUUCUGAGCUUUGUGUGUUGGGGGUGGCCAUGCAGGAUCACCUGAACUGUGGGGAUAGGAAAUCUGGGGUGAGGAGUUCAGAAGCCUGGGGAAGGAGAAC